GUGCAAGUGCGUUGAUUCUACCUGAGGGAAUCAUGUCCUCUGACAAUGAAGCCAGAGUACACUUCCGUGUUAUACGCUACAUGCAUGAAGCAGGUCUGAAGCUUCAUCUACAAAGUGUCCCUUUGGCAACAGCUUCCACAAUUUAUCAUAGAUUCUUCAGACAAGCUGCUCUUAAAGAUUUUGAUCCCUAUCUGAUUGGAGCCACCUGUAUUUCCUUGGCCUGCAAAGUGGAGGAAGAGAGUGUUCGCCUCAGAGACAUUGUCAAUGUGUGCUACAGAACUUUACACAAGAACAAAGCACCACUGGAGAUAGGAGAGACAUUCUGGGCCCUGCGAGAGAGCGUUGCCAGCUGUGAGUUGUUCCUGCUGAGAGCCCUCAAAUUCAAGGUUGUUUUCCCACAUCCGCACAAGUAUUUGGUGCACUACUUGCGUGCUCUCUCCGACUGGGUAGAGCCGAAGGUGUGGGAGGAGGUGCCUGUUUGCCGCACAGCGUGGGCUAUGCUGCGAGACAGCUAUCACAGCAGCUUCUGUCUGGAUCAUCCUCCUGAACACGUGGCAGUGGCGGUCAUCUACUUUGCCCUGCUCACUCAUGGACUAGAAGUCCCGUGCCAAAAGUAUGCCAAGAAAAAAUGGUGGCAGGUGUUCAGCAAAGACCUCAGUCUGGACAUCAUUCAAGACAUCAUCACAAAACUGAUGACAAUGUAUGAUAUGGAAAACCAGCUGUCUUCUUCCAGCAGAUGAUGAAUUAUGACAGAAUAGUAAAAUAGCGUUGGCCAACAGGGAUGAAUCUUGUGGGAAAUGAACUCGCUCUUCUGUGUGUAACAGCAAAGUGCCAACACCACAGAGAAAGACUGGAAUUACAAUAAUUUUUUUUUCAACCCAAAAUCAAGCAGUAAAAUUUUUUUUUAUCAAGUAUAUAACAUGGACUACUCUACAAAUCCAAUUAGUAGAAAGGACAAACUAUGUUAUUCAUGAACAUUGACCUCAAUCACAUUCAGUGCUAAAGCACACUAACCAGUUCACGAUCAUUUCUUGUAGGUUAUCUGAUUGGUUGAGGCUAAAGGUCUGCUGUGACCUGAUUGAGCUAGCCUCUGCAUUUGUCGCGGCUGCGAUUUUUGGCAUUUUGUCGUCUGCGAAUCGCAGCUGCGUUUUUGUGCAUUUUUCAGAAGAAAAAAAGCUACUUCAUAACCUAUUACAUAUUUAGACAUGUAUUUUGAUAAUU